AUGAGGUUUUUGAUGGCUAUUCCCGCCAUCGUAGGGCUUGUGCCCAUUGCCUUGGCCGUUCCUCAUGACAAGCAGAAGGCUCAGAAGGUCGAUGUCAUGAUCCAGCAGAUCAAGGCUACUUCUGAGAUGGACAUCACGGUCGUGAGCCAGGAAUCUUCUCAGGUCCUGGGUCAUGCUUGUUCUAAUAUCCUCAACUCGGGUGCCUUUGCUGAAAAGCCCAUCACCGCUACUUUAGACAAGAAUGGUGCCGGCACCCUUGCUGUUGGCAACCAAAUGUAUAUCGUUAACGAAAAUCCUGAGACCUCUGGUGGUAUCACUUGCCACCGAACAUAUAACGAUGUCGAGAGUUUCAUCCUCUGUGCUGUUCCCCUGCCUACUUCUCUUCCGUUGACCCCAGUCAGUAACGGGGAGAAGGCAAGCUGCUUCAACAGUGGGAAUAUCCCUAGCUUGCAGGCCGCUUUCCGCACCAUUCUUGCCCAGAACAAGGCGCCUGAGACGGAAACGACCAACAUAGUUCAGCGGAACGAGAUGCCUAUGCACAAGCGACAGGCUCCGUGCGGUCAAUGGAGCUCCAGCACCCAGAUUGUCGGGGAUGGAGAUCCGCACCAGAACUAUCUCCACACACAGCUUAGUGUGAGUGUCUUACAAAAUCUGGAAAAUGUCAAUUGCGGCGAGGCAUCAAGCUGUACAGUCGGUCAGUCGGAGAGUAUCUCUUAUACCAUCGGCUGGACCGCUUCUGCCACUGCGUUUGAAUGGCUUACGGGUGGCUUUUCCGUGAGCGUGAGCUGGACGACUGGGGACACAUACUCCUGUACUGGUAGCAGCAACGACACCGUGUGCGUCUGGUACAACACAGCUCAUACCGCGUAUACCGUCCAGAAUGGAGCGUAUAAUGACUGCACUGGAUUUAGUCCCUCCGGCAGUACCUUGAUCAUGCGUUCGCCCAAUUCCAACAACGUGGGCGGUGGGUACAAUUGUAUCAUUGGCACCUCCUGCAGCUCUCAGGGUGCUAAUUAUUGGGACUACAAUGGUCCUGCUGGGGGCCCACAAUAA